UUGCAUGCUUCUUUCUGCUUUUGGGACACACUCUGCUGUCCACUGUAUCCAUCAUGGCAAGAGAUCUUCCUGGAGCACAUUUCACACGAAGAAGGGAUGUUAACGCACAAGCUCUGCUUGAGAAUACUUGCAACAAGAAACGCCUGGACCUUGUCUUCAUCAUCGACAGCUCUCGCAGCGUCCGUCCAUACGACUUUGAAAAAGUGAAGGAGUUCAUCUUAACCAUCUUGCAGUUCCUGGACAUCAGCCCUGAUGCCACGCGAGUAGGCCUGAUUCAGUAUGGCAGCACGGUCAAGCACGAGUUCUCCUUGAAGACGUUCAGGAGGAAGCAGGAUAUAGAGAGAGCAGUGAAGAGAAUGAUGCACCUGGCAACUGGCACCAUGACUGGCCUGGCUAUUCAGUAUGCUUUGAACAUCGCGUUUUCAGAGUCAGAAGGAGCUCGGCCUCUGAACCAGAAUGUGCCCCGAAUUAUCAUGAUAGUGACUGAUGGGAGACCCCAGGAUCCAGUGGGAGAAGUUGCUGCUAAAGCUCGUAACUCAGGAAUCCUGAUUUUUGCCAUUGGAGUGGGGAAAGUGGAUAUGAACACGCUGAAGUCCAUUGGCAGUGAACCACAUGAAGAGCAUGUGUUUCUGGUUGCUAAUUUCAGUCAGAUUGAAACACUGACCUCUGUCUUCCAGACAAAACUUUGUGUGCCCCAUAUGUGCAGUAUAGUUGAACAUCACUGUGAUCAUUUCUGCAUAAACACCCCUGGCUCCUACAUUUGCAGAUGUAAACAAGGAUACAUUCUGAAUGCUGACCAGAAGACUUGCAGCACUCAGGAUCUUUGUGCUGUGGAGAAACAUGCCUGUGAGCAGAUCUGUGUGAACACGCCUGGCUCUUACGUCUGUCAGUGUUAUGAAGGGUAUGAGCUUGCUGCAGAUGGAAAGAAUUGUAUUG